GGACCCGCCCCCUGCCCCGUCCACCCCCAGGCUCAGCAUGAGGACUGCAGCACCCAGAAUACACCACGCCAUCGUUGAACAUUGAUCAGACCAGCACCGAUUCACUCCGUCCUGCAGAGAGACUCCAGUGGCACAUCCGCCGGGACGGAGGGAGAGAGGGGCGACGAAGAGGGGCCGAUCCGCCGGGACGGGGAGAGAGAGAGCGAGCAGACCGUGGCAGGAUGGUUGCGAUCAGAUGCGCAUUAUGUCUUCAGCUGCUGUUCUCCUGUGCCCUGGCGCAACUCCCUUCCCUCGAGAGUACCGUCAGUCUGGCCACAGGUUUCAAGUCUCUGGACCAGAGGAGGUCUUUCAUCCCAUGCUGUCUCCUGGCCCCGCCCCCACCCCCACUGUUCCCACCCCCUCCCCUGCUGUGGGAACAGCCCAGCCCUAGCCCGCCCAGCCUGCUGCUGAAGUCAGUCUUUUACCCUGAAGAGGAGGAGGAGGAGCCUGUGGUUCAUGUAUCUGCCUCUCCAGCCCCACCCGCCCCACCUGAACCCCCCGCCCCACCUGAACCCCCCAGACCCCCUGAACUCCCCUGCCCCCCCGGACCUCCCGGACCUCCCGGACCUGCUGGGCCCAUGGGUCCCAGUGGAAUCCCAGGAAUCCCUGGAGAACAGGGACCAAAGGGAGAUAAGGGAGAUAUUGGCCGCUCCGGAUCAAAGGGUCGUGCCGGUCCACCUGGUCUCCCGGGGCAACAGGGACCUGCUGGCUGGCCGGGACCGACUGGACCCAAGGGGGAGAAGGGAGACCCCGGUCUUCUGGGAUCACCGGGGGUCAGAGGUUCAAUCGGCCCAAAGGGUUCACCUGGAUACAAAGGGGAAAAGGGGUCACGAGGUGUACGAGGCGAGGCUGGACUGAAAGGGGAUAAGGGCUGGAUGGGACUCCCUGGAAUGCUGGGACAGAAGGGAGAGAUGGGUCCUAAGGGGGAACCUGGAGUUUGGGGGAGCAGGGGUCCAACUGGGCGACCAGGGAAGAGAGGUAAAAAGGGGGCGAGGGGCGAUAUUGGGCUCACUGGUCCUGUGGGCCCUGCUGGACCGCCGGGCCCCACGGGACACCCCGGAGCCCCAGGCCUACCUGCCUCAGGGCUGUAUCUGGUGGGGGAGAAGGGCGAGAGGGGGUUGCCAGGUGCGCCUGGUCAAUGUGACUGUUACUCCCCCCUGAACAUCAACCGGCUGCCCUAUAAGGAGUCUGCCCCACAGGGCAAGUUCGUCCGGGUGCCCCUGAUUUUUGUGGUUAACAGUGAAGAGGAGUUGGAUCAGCUGCACACAGAGAAUGCGCUGGCCUUCCGGAAGGAUCAAAGGACACUCUAUUUUAAGGAUGAGGAUGGAUGGCAGCCGAUCAAGCUGACGCCGUUCCAAGCGACGGAGCAGGCGGCGGAGGGGGGCGGAGCCUGUGGGGACGGGCGGGUGCAGACGCGUCGUGGGGAAGCCUGUGAUGAUGGCAACAGGAUCGUCACCGAUGGCUGCAUCAAGUGCCAGAGGGCGUAUUGUGGUGAUGGGUAUCGUUAUGAGGGGGUGGAGGAGUGCGAUGGGAAAGACUUCGGUUUUCACACCUGCAACACCUUCCUUCCUGGGUCAUUUGGCCAGCUGAAGUGCACUGCGUUCUGUACUAUCGACUCAACAAACUGCAAGUAUUUCACUUGAGUGCUCAAAGGACUGAGACAACCUGAAAAACUACAGAACCAUUGCCUACAUAACCCAUAGUCCCUAUAUCACCAACUGUUCUUCCUUGCUAUUGAACCAGGAGCUUGCUCUGUUGAUGGCCGGACAGGCAUUGGAACACUGCAUUCUGUCUUAAUCACUCAAUCAGGAUUUAGCUGUCCCGCCCCGCACCGCCCCGCACCGCCCUGCCCCCAGCUGGCUUAUUGUAUUUCACAUGGGGGGGGGACUGGUCUCUGUGGGAGGGGGCGGAGCGAUGAGCAUCUGCAGAGCAGCCAGUCUCCUGCCUGGAAACAUGGGAGGAGUAUAAUCAAUACAAAGACAAAUGUGAUUGGCUGAGAGAACAUGGCUGUGAAAUCAUCGGGACAGUUGAUUGGUCCAGAUUUUUUUUUCAAGCAGAAUCCAUGGCGAUUGCAGCAUUUCCUGCUACUGUUGUUCAGCAGGAGACCUGCUCACCUGUGCAGUAAGUCUCCCCCCUGACUGCCCCCUGCUCUUUACUGCCCCCUGCUGGAGAAGAUAUUCAGGUUGUGUUUUUGGCACGAGGAGGGUGUUAAAUGCAUCGGUCCUGAGGAGUGCUGAACUGAACCUGCAUAUGGAAACUGUUUGGGUAAUGUGAGAUACAAGGCCAUUACUGUCCUGGCACGAGGGCAGAGCUCUCUAGUGACACAGAUCUUAAACCGGAUUGAAGUUCUCAGAAUAGGAAGAGCAGUGUCACAUGUCCAUCUGCUGGAGACACGCCCAGUAUCCGGAUACUGGACUGGGUCAGAGGUGAACCCAGGAACUGCUACUGCUACUGUGGCUGUAAAUAGGCUCUCCCCCCCCCCCCCCCCCCCCCCCCCCCACUGAAUUUCACCUUGUGUAUUUAUCCAGGGUCCCCUCCUCAGUCACACCUGUAUAUAUACAAACCACACCUGUACACCAGUUUACAGACCAUACCUCUCACAGGCACACCUGUACACCAGUUUACAGACCAUACCUCUCACAGGCACACCUGUACACCUGUUUACAGACCAUACCUCUCACAGGCACACCUGUACACCUGUAUACAGACCAUACUUCUCACAGGCACACCUGUACACCUGUAUACAGACCAUACUUCUCACAGUCACACCUGUAUACAGACCAUACUUCUCACAGUCACACCUGUAUACAGACCAUACUUCUCACAGUCACACCUGUAUACAGACCAUACUUCUCACAGUCACACCUGUGCACCGGUGAUAUGUAAAGCUGUAUUAGCAGGUUGUUCUUGGGGCUGCAGGUGACCCCUCUCGGCCGUGUGUUCUUGUAAAUUAUGAUGAUGUCAUAAUGCACAGGUAAUUUAGCCUGGUUUUAUUUCCAGUUUAUCGCUAGCCUCUGCUUGUCUGUGCCUUCGAAACGCAGAUGGUUCUGUAAAGUGCAUCAUAUCAUUAUAAAUAAAUGCAUAGCUAAUUGGUGCUCCUCUUAAAAGAGGAUCUGACCCAAAUUCACUUUUAC